AUGGCUGACUCUCAUUUGUCUGGCUACGUGGGAAGCUACAACAGCAGCUCUCCCACCACCAGCGCUUGGAACGUUACUGGCAGUGGUCCGUGGUUACUGGCCUUUAUGCUGACUGUGAUCAUCCUCAUGACAGUCUGUGGCAACAUGUUACUCAUUGCUUUGGUGUUCGCCCAUCGCUCUUUGCGGUGCACCUCCAACUGUUUCUUGGUGUCUCUGUUCCUGUCUGACCUAAUGGUGGCACUGGUGGUCAUGCCCCCAGCCAUGCUCAAUGUGCUGUGUGGUGCCUGGGUGCUGUGGCCAGCCUUUUGCCCGGUCUGGCUAUGCUUUGAUGUCAUGUGCUGUAGUGCAUCCAUUCUCAACCUCUGUGUGAUCAGCCUGGACCGUUACCUCUUCAUCAUCUCACCACUGCGCUACAAGCAGAGGAUGACUCCACCUCGGGCAUUGCUCCUGGUUGGAGCUGCUUGGGGGUUGGCAGCACUGGCCUCUUUCCUGCCCAUUGAGAUGAAUUGGCACAGCCUAGGUCUUGGGAGUGGACACUCAUCGGUUCCUGGGGUCAGCAGUUCCAAUAUGAGCUCCUACUCUGACACACUGUACCCAGCGUCCUACUUUCAGCUUUCACCAUCUGGAGGUCUUUCCUUCCAGUGUCGCCUACGGGUCACCCUGCCCUUUGCUCUAGUGGCAUCUGUACUCACAUUCUUUUUGCCCUCCAGUGCCAUUUGCUUCACUUACUGUCGGAUUCUUCUGGCAGCACAUAGACAGGCGAAGAGGGUCGCAGCACUGAGCCACCCACCACACCCACAUCCUUCACUUGGGGAACCUUCCCGGCCUCCUUCACCUGGGGGUGCAGCAGGGCAAGCUCACCAGGACGGAGACGACUGCAGUCACCAGGAGCCUCCCGUUUCACAAAAUGUACCGCCGUCAGUGAACAGUGAGCGUCGUCUGGCUCACAGGCAGGGUCGGAGGGCACUGAAGGCCAGUCUGACCCUAGGAGUCCUCUUGGGACUCUUCUUCAGCGCUUGGUUGCCCUUUUUCAUCACCAACAUGGCUCAGGCAGUGUGCGAGUGCGUCCCCCCUGCGCUCUUUGAUGCCAUCACCUGGCUGGGAUACUGCAACAGCACAAUGAACCCCAUCAUUUACCCAUUGUUCAUGAGAGACUUCAAGCAAGCUCUGGGAAGGCUCUUACCCUGCUGCUCCUCACGGUCACCCAGACGACCCUCACCGGCGCUUUCCCUCUCUCUCCGCAACUCAGGAGAUCCGAACCUGGCCAGCGACCCCACCUCCCCUCUGGCCUCCGACCCUACCCACCCCCCAGCUACCGCCACUGACGCUGUCAACUUGUUGGAUGCAGAGCAUGCUGGGAUUGAGUUGCCUCUGCUUCUGCCCAAUCAGGUGGACACACUGGAUUGA